CACGACUUGUUCAGCUCCAUCAACAAACACCAGCCAUAAUGCCGCCGCGGAAGAAGGCGAAGGCGAGCGCAGCAUCAACGCCGCUUGGCGAUGGACAGCCGGGAACGCCACAGGCCCCGAACACGCUGUCGCAGGACGAGCUGCUCAACGACCCAUGGGAAGACGAGCAGGAGAUCCAGCUGCUGAAGAGCAUGAUGAAGUGGAAGCCCACCGGCCUACACAAGCACUUCCGUAUGAUCUCGAUCCACAACGACAUGACCUCCCACGGCUUCGCGUCUGAAAAGGCCCCGCACACACGCAUACCCGGCAUCUGGAAGAAGCUGGACCAGCUUUAUGACCUCGAGACGCUCGAUGCGCGCGAAAAUGAGUUCAUCUUCGCAGACAGCCCCGAUCCGAACAAUCGCGGGGAAGCUGGCGACUUUCCCGACUUUGAGCUUCCUGAACGCGAAUUUGGCGAGAUGAUCUGGCAGUCACGCUUCCACGACUCUGGAUCAUCUGUCGCCUCGUCCCCGCCUAUGGUACCCAUUGAGGACCAGAAAGCACUGUACAUGCCACGCCUCGGCUUGCUCAAAGACGUGCCGGAUGGCGUGCAUUCGACUAAAGAUGAAAGUGUGGCCGAGGCAACACCGCCACCGAAGAAGAGCACAAGAGCCAGUAGAUCAACUGUCAAGGGUGGGAAGGGCGUAAAAGCUGGCGCCGCUGCCAAGAACACCAAGGCCCAGUCUCCCUCGGACUCUGAAGAGGAUGAAGAGAACGAGGAAGAGGACGAUGACGACUCUAGUUCCGAGUCUGAAGAAGAGGAAGAAGAAGACAGUGCCCCAACAACGCGACGAACGAAUCGAACAAAGGCGAAGCCUGCGCCUAGGCGAACAAGAAAGCGUUGAAGCUGAGCUCCCACAUUCGCUGGAUCUAAGAGCAGUCUGGAUCCUGUAAUCAGUAUCACAACCUUCGGUAUG